AUGAGAGGGGGCAAUGGCACAGCAGUGACUGAGUUUGUUUUGCUGGGGUUCUCAGGCUACCGUUCCCUUCGGGGCCCUCUGUUCUGGGGGGUGCUUCUGGUCUACCUGGUCACUCUGCUGGGCAACUCGCUGAUCAUCCUCCUCACCCUGGCGGACGCUGCCCUGCACUCGCCCAUGUACUUCUUCCUGCGCCACUUCUCCGGGCUGGAGAUGCUCUACACCACGACCGUGGUCCCCAGGAUGCUGACCGACCUCCUCUCCUCCUGCCCCACCAUCCCACCAGCCAGCUGCUUUACCCAGCUGUCUUUCUUCUCCCUGUUUGGCAUUGCGGAAUGUGGCCUGCUCACUGCCAUGGCCUAUGACCGCUACGCUGCCAUCUGCCGGCCGCUGCAUUAUAGCACCCUGAUGAGCCCGGGAGCCUGUGUGUGCCUGCUGGGCGCCAGCUACCUCAUGGGCAUCAUCACCAGCACCACUUACUGCAUCCUCAUCUGCACGUUGCCCUUCCACGGUGCCAACACCAUCCACCACUUCCUGUGUGACAUCCUUCCCGUGCUGAGCCUGGCCAGCGCCAGCACCUUUUGGGGUGAAGUGGCCAAUCUUGCCGUCACCAUAGCCUUUAUCCUAACACCCUUCUCACUGAUCAUAGUGUCCUAUGCCUGUAUUCUUGUCACCAUCCUUGGCGUCGCGACAUCCCAGGGACGUCGAAAAGUCUUCUCUACCUGUUCCUCCCACCUGCUUGUGGUCACGCUCUUUUUUGGGACGGGGAUUGUUGCCUACAUGAGGCUGGGGACAGGCUCCUCCCAGGCCAGGGACCAGAUCCUUGCCCUCUUCUACGCGGUUGUCACGCCAAUGUUCAACCCUUUCGUCUACACUCUGAGGAACGAGGAGGUCACAGGGGCAAUGAGGCGGCUUGUGAAGAAAUACCUCUGGAGGCCUUGA